ACGUCGAGAGGGUCAGAAGUGGAGGGGGCUUCUGAAGAGUCCUGGGGGUGUGACAGAAUAAGGUUCUGAGAGGGAGGCGCCAGUGGCAGGACUCGAUCUGGGAAGAAUCUUCUGCUGACUCAACUUUUCCCGGAAAAAUGGGCCAUUUCCACCACAUGGGGAUGAGCAUGGGGAUGAGCAGUGGGGACGACAACAGUACCAUGGCACCUUCUCACCAUCACCCGACCUCUUCAGCCUCCCACUCCCAUGAUCACAUGAUGAUGAUGAUGCCUAUGACCUUCUACUUUGGCUUUAAGAACGUUGAACUAUUGUUCUCUGGUUUGGUGAUCAAUACAGCUGGAGAAAUGGCUGGAGCUUUUGUGGCAGUGUUUUUACUAGCCAUGUUCUACGAAGGACUCAAGAUAGCCCGAGAGGGCCUCCUGCGCAAAUCACAAGUCAGCAUUCGGUACAAUUCCAUGCCUGUCCCAGGACCAAAUGGAACCAUCCUUAUGGAGACCCACAAAACUGUUGGGCAACAGAUGCUGAGCUUUCCUCACCUUCUGCAAACAGUGCUGCACAUCAUCCAGGUGGUCAUCAGCUACUUCCUCAUGCUCAUCUUCAUGACCUACAACGGGUACCUCUGCAUUGCUGUAGCGGCAGGGGCUGGCAUGGGGUACUUUCUCUUCAGCUGGAAGAAGGCAGUAGUAGUGGACAUCACAGAACAUUGCCAUUAACGUCUAACUCUAUGGUGUGGCCUUAUCGAUUGCAGUGGAAAGCAGUUCAAGACUGGAAGACAGGCCAAUCUUCUCUUCUUGCUCCUUAUCUCCUUACACACACACACACACAUACACACACACACACACACGCCUGCUCAACAGAGGUUUAGCUUACAGUCUCUGAGCUAAAGUGGUAACCUCCCUGCCUUUUUUCCCUAAUGAGCUGAGUUUCCCAUUUCUCUUGAGAUGAAGCCACCCAUGAGAUGUCCUCUCCUCCCCCAUUGUCUUAGAUCCAAGUUAUAUGUUCUUAUCUAAUCCAGGUAGCUUUCUGUUCGAUGGCUUGAUCACCUGCUUCCUUUUUUAGUCUUCUGUUCUUAUUUUUUUUUUUAACAUUUUGCGAAUUUGGUGGGUUUUUCCUGAGUCAGUGAUGGAAAUGGAUUAACUUUAGCCAGGAUUGAUGGCAGGUGAGGAAAAGUCUUGCCCAGCUAAGCCCAGAACCCAAACUUAACAUUUAAAAAUAUGUUCUAGUCUUUGGACUCAAUGAGUGGGAGACAGAUUGUGCCUUUCCCUAGGUGUGACAUGUUGCACUGAAAUCUCUGUAGUGGGUAGAGAGGUGGUUUGAGACUGUAUAAAUACAGGCCCAGACCUUGCAGAGUGUGCAUUCUUGGGGGGGCCGACUCAUCAACUUGUGUUCCCACUUAACAUUUUGAUUAGAAUGAACUUGUCAAUCAAAAAAAAAAAGAUGACAGUCAAUUUGAGAAAAUAGGUAUUUUAAAAUGAAACCAUUGACAUUUUACUUUGACUUGGUACCUUCGUAUGUCACAGCUGAAGUAAGAGUUUAAAUAAUUUUCUCCCAUUAUUGUUUUCAUGUGUCUGCCUCUAAACCAGUGGUUUUCAAACUUUAGCAUGCAUCAGAAUCACCUGGAGAGCUUGUUAAAGCCCUGAUUGCUGGGCCUCGACCCAGAGCCCCCAAAUGGGUAGUUUUAACAAGCUCCCAGGUGAUGCUCCUACUGAUGAUCAGGGGACCACACUUUGAGCAUCUCUGCUUUAAACUGAGGGAGUAUUGCCUGAUGGGUGAGCUACCUGGUACUGGGCACAGGAAUUUGACUUGCUAUUAGUUGGUGGUGUUUCUGGGCUUAACUCAUGUACUAAAUGCUGCUGGUCAAUACUUAAUCAUUCCACAAACAUUUAUUCAGCCCCAACUGUGUUUUUGUGCCCAGGCACACAAGCACAAAGGGCUGUAGCCAAAGUAACUUUUAUUAGCAUGUAUGAAAUCACUAGUCCUUAUUCUUAAAGAUCUGUAAUUUCUUGGAAGUGGCUUGAAGGUUGAGAAUCUCUGAUCUGCAAUGUAAAUCAGCCAGUCGUGGGUUGGAAGGGCAA